CAUACACUAAGCACUAAGGCUGAGCCGCACCUAAAUUAUCGCCCCAAACCGGCCCUAAUUCGCGCACUCGCUGAGCUCGCCGCUCAAGAAUCUACCCCGCUCGACUCCCGCUCCUUUCUGCACCGAAGCCCUCGCCUAUCCUCCCUGCGCCGAAGACCUCUUUUCGAUCCCGCCUCCUGCCCCAAAACCCUCGCCUCUUCCUCCCCUCGAUCCCGCCUCUGCACCGGAGCCCUCACUCGAUCCCGUCUCUGCACCGAAGCCCGUCCCCGCUUCUUCUUUCUACUUCGCCGCGAAGGUCGCCGGCUCCCACAGUUGCCGGAGUUUCGCCGGUUGCUCGGUAUUGUCGCCGGUUGCUCGAUAUUUUUACUGAGGCUCUCAAGUCGGUUGUAACUCAAAGUCCUCCUUCAGAAGAAAGGCGAAGCUUUUGAUAGCCAACCCAGAUUGAGAGCGCGCUGGAAAUUUGGAUGGAUUCUGAGAACGAGAACUUGGAGGAGAGGCUGAAAUCUCUCCUUUUCCAGCUAAGUUCUGAGUCUGGAAUUCUUGAGAGGAUUGUUCACAAAAGUAAGAACCAACACCGUAGAUCUCUUUACUUCCAAGCCCUUCUCAAGGUGAGGAGGGAUUUGAGGCUUCUACAGUUAGCAGGGCUCGGCCAGAUCUUGAAUGCCCUUUUCCUUGUCACUAGAGGGAAAUUUUCUAUUGAAAAUACUUCUCAUUCGAGGUUUAAUAAGAAUAAGAACCAAGGUGGAAAGCACACCUACCACAAUCGACUCUUGGGUGUGGCACGCUUACUAUCACAGAUGGUUGAGCCUAUACUGAAGGCUGCGAUUGAGAUAUCUCUCCUGCUUGCUAAGACUUUCUUCAUGGGAUUUUCACUCACUAUACUGGCUUGCCUCGGACGUCUUCGAGUUCUUGUUCAACAGAUUUUACUCGACGUGGUUUCUGUAUUCAAUAUGGUAUCAGCUCACUCUCAAAAGCAUUCCCUGAAACUUUCUAGUGAAGGAAUUGAGGCUUUUGUUGAAUAUUAUUCUACCAGUGGUGAUAUUCUAACGUUGGAAUGCACUUGGAAGGAUGACAAAUAUGUGUUACACGAAGUUACACAAUGUCGCAAUGAAAAUAUCUCAAAAGAACAAGUAGCUUUGCCUUUCAACGCUCCAAUUGAGUAUCAAACUUUAGAAUGUUUGGGCGAAGGUUCAUGCACUGAUCAAGAAACAAAAUUGCCUGUUUUGCAACCUCAUACCCACUGCAGUAUAAAGAGUGUAGAUUUGAAAAUAUCUCCGGUUACAGGACCUGUUUGUGAACCUAUUUCUGACAAUGAUUUGCAGAAAAGUUCAACAAGCCUAAAACCUCAAAGUAAAUCAAGGAAGACAGUUGCAUUUGUUGCUGUUCAAAUCCCUAAAACCUCUGAAACAGAGCCGAGCGAACCGGUGAAGAAGAAGAUGAGAUUCGAUUUACCUUUCAGUCAAAAUUUUGAUGAUUCUACCACUGCUAUUGAUUCAUUUCCAGAUUUUCCCUUCAGUGGAGCUCAGAAAAUGUCUUUGUUUUGAGUAUUUCUUGAAUUUUAAUGAGAUUUAUAGCUCUGAGCGAAGGAUUUUAGGAAGAUUUACAUACAUAUCACUC